AAAACAUGGCGUCAUCUCUAAAGUUAUUCACAUCAUUGUCUUGCUAAUGCUAGCAUUUCUUUGGAACAAAACAACAACAAGCUCCCACUGUCCUUUCAAUAUUCACACCAGGAACUCGCAUGUGAAGCGACAUAGGCGUGGCAGAGUAUCGAAAUCAUGAUUGGAGCAAGUGUGACAAGAGGAAUCUCUCUAACUCGCUCUCUUCUCUCAAGGAAUUGGUUGGAGAUGGCCGGUACUAAAGCAGCCUAUACUACAGUCUCUCCUCCUCACAUGCAGCGCGAGGUACCACUCACCAUCCAAAAUCUCAACCCGUGCAUCAGAGAGAUGGAGUACGCGGUGAGAGGUGCUGUACCACUUGAAGCACUAAGGAUAGCUAACGAGUUGAAACAGGGCGUCAAGUAUCCAUUCAAGGAAGUUGUCUUUGCUAAUAUUGGUGAUUGUCAAGGCACUGGUCAGAAACCCCUCACAUUUGUGAGACAGCUCAUAGCUUGCACUGCUGACACAUCACUCCUUGAUAAAGGAAUCUAUCCGCCCGAUGUUUGCGAGAGAGCAAGAGCAAUUCUUGCUGACUGUGGAGGUGCCAGCUUAGGCUCGUAUACUGAUUCACGCGGUAUCACUAUAAUAAGGAAGCAUGUGCAAGAGUUUAUAACAGCACGUGAUGGGAUACCAGCAAACUACGAGAGCAUAUUCUUAACUAAUGGAGCAACUGAUGGUAUAAAGGCUGCCAUAGCUUUGUGUUUGAUGGAAGACAAGAAAGCUGGAGUGAUGAUACCAAUACCUCAGUAUCCUCUGUACAGUGCUGCCAUUACUGAACUGAAUGCUCAUGCUAUAAAUUAUUAUCUUGAUGAGGAUAAUGAUUGGAGCAUUCGUAUGGAAGAGUUGGAGCGUUCCUUAGAAGAAUCUAUAAAAGAGAACAAGUCCAAGCCGAAAAUUUUGGUUGUCAUUAAUCCUGGAAACCCAACAGGUCAGUGUCUACCUGAGGAUAAUAUGAAGGAAAUUAUCAAAUUCUGUCACAGGAAUAGUCUUCUUCUCUUAGCUGAUGAGGUCUAUCAGGAGAAUGUUUAUGUUGAAAGCAGGAAUUUCAGCUCAUUUAGGAAAGUCUUGCUUGAGAUGGGAAAGGAUUACAAAGACUUUCAGUUAAUGUCCUUCAACUCAACAUCUAAAGGCUUCAUUGGAGAGUGUGGUAUCAGGGGUGGCUAUGUUGAGAUGAUUGGGUUUCCCGAGGAUCUACUCCAACAGGUGUACAAGGUUUUCUCUGUUCGUCUUUGCGCCAAUUCCAUUGGACAAGUUGUGGUUGAUGUGAUGGUUAAGCCACCGCAAAAAGGAGACCCAUCAUUUGAACUGUUUGAUGAAGAGAGACAGUUUAUUUUGCAGUCACUAAAAAGGAAGUCUGUCAUGGUAUAUGAGAAGUUUAACAGCAUACCUGGCAUCAAGUGCAACAGGCUGCAAGGAUCCAUGUAUGCAUUCCCUCAGAUUGAGAUACCAGAAGGAGCUCUGAAAGAUGCACAUAAAGAGGAUCCUAAUAUGACCCUUGAUACAUUCUAUUGUCUUGAGUUGUUGCGUCAAGAAGGAAUUUGUUUUGUCCCUGGUACAGGGUUUGGGCAGAGACCAGGAACCUUGCAUAUAAGGACAACUAUUCUACCUAAAGAGGAUGUGUUGGGUCGUGUUCUGGAGCGCUUUGAAAGCUUUCACAAGAAAUUUACGGCUAAAUACCAGUAGCUGUAUACACGUGGAACCUUUUGCAACCUUUCAUGAGUCACAUUUUAGUUGCAUAAAAUGUGGCCAUUAUAAUUUAUUUUUUUAAAUAAUAAUGCUAAUUGUUUUUUGUGCCAUAAUAGUGAAUAAUUAUUAUUAAUAAAUAAUUCUAUAACCAG